UAAAGGCAAUACUGGGACGCGCACGCAAAAGGAAAAGAAAGUGCAUUUUGGGGGGUGCAUUUCGUCCACGUAGGCCUACUUGUGGUUUUACAGUCUUUCAGCCAAACCAUGCUGCGACUGACUGCGGGACGAUUGCUGCUGUCUGGACGGACAGUAGCUGCUCUCAGUGCCAACAGUGCCAGGAUGGCCAGCCAUGGGGAUGGUGUGUCAUCGCUCCAUACUUUUUCCAUCACAGCAGUGUCUGAGCAGAACAUGAUGUCUCUGCCCAUGUACUGUGACCGUCUGGAUAUCCCUCUGCCUGACAAACCGUACCAGGAUGUCCUCAGCGCUGCCGACAAGAGUUUGAAACAGAAGGAGAAAGGACCCUGGAACAACCUUUCAAAGGAGGAGAAAAUUGCCCUGUACAGGAUUAUGUUUAAAGAGACAUAUGCAGAGAUGAAGAGGCCAUCAAGCGAGUGGAAGACAGUAUUCGGUGGAAUCUUCUUCUUUGUCGGUCUGACUGGCCUGGUGGUAUUCUGGCAACGCAUAUAUGUGUACCCUCCUAGUCCUCGUACCUUUGAAGAAGAGUGGCAAGCUAAACAGGUGAAGAGGAUGUUGGACAUGCAGGUGAACCCAGUGGAGGGCUUUUCUGCUAAAUGGGACUACGAGAAGGGCCAGUGGAAAUAGAGGCAGGGUGUGCCGCCAACAGCCUAACCUGCACUUCUGUUGCCAUGGUGUCUGUGCUCUGUAACCAUGCGAAUAUUCCGUCCAGUGAGAAACUAUUAAACCUCUGCCAUAAAAUGUA